UCUGCCUUUCUGUCUGACAUCCACAUGCUGCUCUGCCUGAAAAGGCUGCGAGGAAGCCGAGGCGGAGGCAAAGAAAGGGAAGAGCAGCAGACCUCGCACCAGCGUCCGCACAGCUUCAGUCAAGACCCCACGCGUCGGAGGAAGGCGGCGGCGGCGGCGAUAGAGCAGCCCUCGAGUAGUCGUUCGCGGCGCUGCAUCCGGAAAACGCCUCUGGCGCGAAGCUGACCGGCAGCCGCCUGGGAGCGCGAACUGGCAGCGCACGGGGGAAGCAGCCGGGAGCCGCGGGGUAGGAAAUUACCCUUCGCCGGGAGAGCCGUUCACUGCGCCCUCGCUCUCAGCCGCCAGGCUCGGGCGUGGGCGUGAGGGUGCGCGGCGGCCGGCUGGUUGCGAUGCCAAGGCGGCCCGUUCUUUCGGCGGCGGUACGAAGAACCCUGGCAGUGAUGCUGUGCUAAAGGCAACGCCACUCUGAAGAACGGGGAUCUCUCGCGCGCUCUGGGUGUGUGUUCAGUUCUCCUGCUCCGUCUGUCGCUGGCUGAGCGCGCCUUGGGAAGGGCGGCCGGCGCCUCCUUUUCUCCUGAACGCAAGGAGUUCCCUCCAGCUCGCCGAUCCUUUGGGCAAGUGGGUUUACUGCUGAGCCGAGGGGAGGAAGCCCCGGAGCGGAUUUGAAACCUCGGCCGAGGAAAUCCUGGGACGGAAUCGGUGUCAUCUCGGAGAGUUGCGAAAGAAAAUUCCCUUUUCCCCGAUCCAGCGCGGCUUGGGAGGAACCGCUCUUUUGCCUUCAGGGGUUUCUCCAUCCGCCCCGAAAUGGAUACCGUUCCUCUGCUCUGGGGCUUUCUCCUUCUGCAUUUGGCCGGUUCGGGCGUCGUGGGGCAAGCGGCAGCUCAGCCAUGCGGGGGCCGCUUGAAUUCCAAAGAUGCUGGCUACAUCACGUCUCCUGGCUAUCCACAAGACUACCCCUCCCAUCAGAACUGUGAGUGGAUCAUUUAUGCCCCAGAACCCAACCAGAAGAUCAUCCUCAACUUCAACCCUCACUUUGAAAUUGAGAAACAUGACUGCAAGUAUGAUUUCAUUGAAAUACGGGAUGGAGAUAGUGACAAUGCUGAUCUUCUGGGAAAACACUGUGGAAACAUUGCUCCGCCUACUAUCACUUCAUCUGGCCCUUCUCUGUAUAUCAAAUUCACCUCAGACUAUGCGCGUCAAGGUGCUGGCUUCUCCCUGCGUUAUGAGAUCUACAAGACGGGCUCCGAAGACUGUUCUAGAAACUUCACCAAUUCAAAUGGCACCAUUGAAUCCCCAGGCUUUCCGGAUAAGUAUCCACACAAUUUGGACUGCGCUUUCACAAUCAUGGCCAAGCCAAAAAUGGAGAUCGUCCUUCAGUUUUUAACGUUUGACCUAGAGCAUGACCCUCUGCAAGUUGGGGAGGGAGAUUGUAAAUAUGAUUGGCUGGACAUCUGGGAUGGUAUUCCUCAAGUUGGGCCCUUGAUUGGCAGGUACUGUGGCACUAAAACUCUUUCAGAGAUCCGCUCAACUACUGGCAUCUUAUCCCUCACAUUCCACACAGAUUUGGCUGUGGCUAAAGAUGGCUUCUCUGCUCGCUAUUAUUUGGUACAGCAGGAGGCGCCAGAGAACUUCCAGUGCAACAGUCCACUGGGAAUGGAAUCUGGCCGGAUCUCCAAUGAGCAAAUCACUGCUUCCUCUACAUACUCUGACGGAAGGUGGACUCCGCAACAGAGCCGACUCAAUAGUGAUGAUAAUGGAUGGACUCCUAAUGUGGAUAACAACAAAGAAUUCCUGCAGGUGGAUCUUCGCUUUCUAACAGUGCUGACAGCCAUUGCUACUCAGGGUGCCAUCUCCAGAGAAACACAGAACGGAUACUAUGUUCGGUCAUACAAAUUGGAGGUCAGCACAAAUGGAGAAGACUGGAUGAUGUACCGGCAUGGCAAAAAUCACAAGGUAUUUCAGGCAAACACCGAUGCUUCUGAAGUGGUUCUGAACAAAAUCCAUGCUCCAGUGCUGACUCGAUUUGUGCGGAUCCGUCCCCAGGUUUGGCACAACGGAAUUGCCCUUCGACUGGAGCUGUAUGGCUGCCGAAUUACAGACUCGCCCUGCUCCAGUAUGUUGGGGAUGCUGUCAGGACUUAUCCCAGACUCCCAGAUUUCAGCUUCUUCUACCAGAGAGUAUCACUGGGUUCCUAGUGUAGCCCGCCUAGUCAGCAGCCGCUCUGGAUGGUUCCCACGCAUUCCUCAAGCCCAGCCCGGUGAGGAGUGGCUGCAGGUAGAUCUGGGUGUCCCUAAGAAUGUGAAAGGAGUGAUUAUCCAAGGGGCCCGAGGUGGAGACAGCAUCAGUGUGGCAGAGGCCCGAGCUUUUGUGAAGAAGUUUAAAGUGGCCUACAGCAUGGAUGGGAAAGAGUGGCAUUCAAUACAAGACCCCCGGACCAUGCAGCCAAAGAUAUUUGAAGGGAAUAUGCACUACGACACCCCUGAAGUUAGGAGGUUUGAUCCUGUUCCUGCACAGUUCAUCAGGGUUUACCCAGAAAGAUGGUCUCCAGCAGGGAUCGGGAUGCGAUUAGAAGUCCUCGGGUGUGAUUGGACUGAUGUCAAGUCAACUGCGGAGACAUUGAAGCCCACACUGAAGAGUGAGGAGAUGACCACUCAGUUUUCCACUGAUGAAGAGGCAACAGAUUGUGGUGAUGGUUGUGUGGAGAAUGGAGAUUUCCAGGUCCCAAUAGGAUUCAACUGCAACUUUGAUCUUCCUGAAGAUUUUUGUGGCUGGACACAUGAUAUGUCUACAGGAUUUACAUGGACUUUUCAUUCUAGAAAUACCUGGACUAGCCAUUUAGGGCCAGGCAUCGGGGUCUACCCAGCAGAUGGCAAGAGUUAUUUGAGGUUGCAGAGCAGUGCAAGAAGAGAAGGACAACACGCUCGGCUGAUCAGUCCCACUGUCUUCUUGCCCAGGAGUGCUGUGUGCCUGAUGUUUUGGUACCAGCUCUCUGGAGGCAGUGGGACUAUGCUGCAGGUGCGGCGGGAGGCAACGCAUGAGAACAAACCACUGUGGAUCAUCAGGGAAGACCAAGGGGAUGAGUGGAGAGAAGGCCGGAUCCUUCUGCCUAGUUACGAUACGGAAUAUCAGAUUGUAUUUGAGGGCACCAUAAGCAAUGGACAUUCAGGAGAGAUUGCCAUCAAUGAUGUCCGGAUAGGCACUGAUACCUCUUUGGAGAAUUGCAUGGAACCCAUUGCAGCUUUCCCUGGUGAACACACAUUUGAAAUUUCAGUGGAUUUCCCUGCAUUAGAGGAUGAGAUUUCAAUUCACCGGGAAGACUUUGGAAAAGACUCCAAAGAUGGUGCCUCGGGCCCAGAAAGAAACCACACCACGCUUUCCACAAACUCCCCAUUGACUCCACUGGUGGACACUGAGAAGAGCUGGCCGGAUACGCUGGACCCCAUUCUGGUUACCAUCAUAGCCAUGAGCUCUCUUGGAGUCCUCAUAGGGGCAGUCUGUGCUGGGCUGCUGCUGUACUGCACCUGUCACUACACUGGCCUCUCCUCCCGGAGCUCCACCACUCUGGAGAAUUAUAACUUUGAGCUUUAUGAUGGCAUCAAACACAAGGUCAAAAUGAACCACCAAAAGUGUUGCUCCGAGGCAUGACUGAUUGCACUGGAAUCACAUUUGACACUUCAUUCCAGCGGCAGUGGCUGGGGAAGAUUACUUUUUCUAUGGGAACUGAAUGCCAUAAUCUCACACUGAAGCAGGGAGGGGUCCUGCUGCUUAGAAGCAGCAGCAGCAGCAGCAGCAGGAAGAGAGUUGGAAGAGGACUCCCAGCUGUAGGAAAUGUGGCUAAUUGCUCUUGCAAGAAGAACUGGGUAGGCCCCAACAAAGGAGGCGCCACGGUCUCCAUUUUAUUUCUGCUGUGAGCCAAUCCCAUCUGUAGAAGGCAAAAGGUUCACUCUGCUUUGAGGAAGCGAGGGACAAAAUGUUGAUAAUUAUUUGCCACUUCCUUCUUCGGAUGAGAUUGCUAAGCAGCCCCCUCCCCUUCCCCUUUCUAUUCUUAGAAAUUGCAAUCUCCCGCUUGCUCACACACAGAGGUACCCGCCCAUGCUCCAGCCAGCAGAUCCCCCGUCAGAAAUGGUGCUCGAUUGGAAGGGACUGGCUUGUUGCCGUAGCUGGUGAAACAGCCCAGGCAGCUGCAGCCGCUUCUAACCCCCCACCCCACCCCACCCCUCCAAUGAAACUGUUCCGCUGAUCAGGAAAGGAGGGGCAGGGAUUGGGGAAGGGGUGGAAUUUGGCUCGCGGGUCAGUGGGAGUAGCAAUGCUUUCUUUCCAGAUUACAAAGCAAAAGAAACAGGCAGCCUGAGGUGUGAAAGUUGACAGAAGCACCUCCUCCAGAGAAGCUGAAGAGCCUUAAAGUGAUUUGUGAAUAAGAGCCAUUUAUUAAAUCCAGAUCUUGGAUUGAAACAGCGGAGGCCUUCAUCACAAGGGCUCUUUCUUCUCCUUUUCUUUCUGUCCCUCUUUUUUUAAUCUUGUUCUUUUAGUGUAAGAAAAUUGCAGCAAACAAAAGACACAAUUAUAAGGUGCCCAAGAACUCAGGAGAUGGCUUUUUAUAUACUUCAAGAGGAAGUCAGGCUGCUAGGUAGAUAGAUAGAUAUAUAUUUUUGUUAAUGCUGUGGCCACUCUGAUGGGGAAAAAAGGAGUGUUAAAAGGCUCAUGGAAUAAAUACACUUAUCCAGCCCAUCACAGAGUGGUAAUGAUACCUCUAUCUGACAGAUACGGUUUAAUGUCAUCAUUAGUCAACAAGAAGGACUUAAUUCUGCAAAGAAUUCUAGACUAAUGUACCCUUUGAACAGAUGCAUAGUUCUGGUGCUGUCUGGCAAAGGCGUAAGUCCUUCACAGAUUUUAGGUCCUUUGAGGGGACCCAGCCAUUAUAAUCCUUAGGUUAUGGCAACAUUGCAGGGUAUCAAGGUUAAGCUGAUAUUCUGGUAUGGAUGUUGAAUAAAUGGAUCUGGAGCAAUCUUCUAUCACCUUCUUCUUCCUUCAGAAAAAUGCAAUUUGCUUGUUGUGGUUUGCAAAGCAACUUGUUUAUUUUUGAAGGGCUUUGUGUGAAUAUGUAUGUGAUUUUUUUUAAUAAAGUGCCUUAGAAAAAAUAUUUUUCCCUU